AUGGCCAACAUUGUCAGCAGAGGAGCCUUUCGUCUUUUACCAGCAUGUAGAAUAUUACCCGUGGUAGCUCAACGGUUUGCCAGCACUGCAACUGUAACAACAGGACGAUUCCUUGGACAGAGCGACAAGACAGACGAUAUCUUAAAAUUCCGAGAGAAGCCCGAAUCUUUAUCUUACUUUACUGGUAAUUACAAAUACAACGAUUUGUUGAUCGAUUUGGAUGCUCUUCAUAAGCAAUUUAAGGAUUGGAAGCCCACCGAAACUGGAGAAGAACAAGUGUAUGCCUGGAAACUGCGUGACAAGAUGUCACAGUUACUGAGUAUUCCGUUAACCACCUCUCAAUGGCGAAAGAUCACCAUUCACCUCGAUGCUUUGGCUUCUUUGCCUAAACCUUUACCUCCCGCCGUUGCCAAAGUGCUGGAACCCUAUCAGAGAGAACAGACAACACAGCAAAAGGAGACCAAGAUACGCACUUUGGACGAAUAUGGCCGUGCUUAUGCUGUCGGUCGCAGAAAGGAAUCGAGUGCCAGUUGCUAUCUCGUUGAAGGAGAAGGAAAGAUCUUGGUGAAUGGCAUGGAAUUGCACGAGUAUUUCCAGCGACCUGUCGAUAGAGAUGAAGUUACUUUGCCAUUAGAAGUCACUGAAAGUAUAGGUAAAUAUAAUGCUUGGGUUCUUGUCAGAGGAGGCGGAAGUACAGGUCAAGCACAGGCCAUCAAAUUAGGUCUCGGCAGAGCUUUAUUGAUUCAUAACAGUGAAUUAAAGCCGACGUUGCGUAAAGCUGGAUGUAUCACUCGUGAUCCUAGAGUGGUCGAACGUAAGAAGGAAGGUCAAAGAAAGGCUCGUGCCAAAUAUACUUGGGUCAAGCGUUAA